CACUUGCAGACCAGGGCCGUAGUCUGGAGGGGUCGUGAGGUGUCACUCACGUUUGUUCACGCUGGUCAAACGUCUUUGUACACACAAGUCAUGACCCCCCACUCCACUGGCGACAGAAUGGCCACGCUGGACAGCCAAAUGUCAAGUCAGAUGUCACGAGAUCAAUCACAGAUCGAGAACACCAGCAAGACACAACCUGCUAUUGACCAGCGGACCGAACUGGACCGGCAUGGAGAGGACCCUGAGUAUGUAGUCCAUAGUUGGCGUACCAACGUUUGGUUGCCCAAAGACACCAACUUUUAUCAAACAGGCAUAAAAGUCGACAGUCAUGUGAGACAAAGCAGAGACAACAGUUUCCACGAGAUAGACAGCAAAGACAGUGGCUGUCUUGAGAGAGACAGCAAAGACGUCAGUAGUCUUGAGAACGACAAAGACUACUCUCUGCGUCACACCGAAGACGAGCAAAGCUCAAGUCUAGAGAGAACGGUCGCAGAUGUCGACUCGCGACCAUCUGCACACUCUUCACCUGACCAGGCUACCAAUGCCAGACUUAAAACGCCAAAGAAAGAAAACCAGGAACUUACCAAGCCAAACACACCAGCGGUAAACAAAACGCCAAAGAAAGAAAACGCGGAACUUACUAAGCCAAACACGCCAUCAGUGAACAGAAUACCAGCCUUAAAAAACAACCCCUAUACCCAGCCCAGACACACCAAAGCAGUUUUCUACCGCAUCGUCAAGCCAAACUUUGUCUUAGCUGCGGACCCCCCUUCUCUCUUGCUGCAGUCCGCACCGCCGUUUAUCAUUCGCUCCGGCGCGGAGGCUCAGAAGAAGCAACCGGAUGUCACAGCCGGGGAAAGACAAUGGCGUUGGAGCUCUGCUAUAAAGACAUGUCGACCUACCCGUACCGGGCUGACAAGUGAGUUAAGAGACGAGUUUUACCGUAGUUACUCCUACACGCCGGGAUCCCAUCGUAGUGACACAACAUCUAACCAGCUGAACUCUGACAUUUUGUUUCAUCGUUUUAGGGUUGAUUCAUUUUUAAGCGGUUCUGUCAACAGGGUUGAGCCAGGUUUCAAGAAUGAUAAACCGUCAAGUUGUGUCCCUUUAGUUAAUGAUAGUUCAGACAAGGGAAAAAACUCUAGCGAUAUGGCGUCUAGAAUACACCAACGAAAAGACUCGGGUUUUCAAAAAUCAUCCAGGACUUUAACCCCAUCAAAGCACGGCUACCAUCCUAGAAGUCAGUCCCCAACCUUCAAGCGUCUGCUCGCGGCCUCUCAGCUGCUCAACGAGCCUCCUUUAGCUAACAAACCUCGUUUUUCGUACCCGGAUGCACUUUACCCUAGCAACGACUUGAGCAAGUUUAUAGAGGCGUCUGGUUUCCAAGGGCUUCAGGUACGGUCAGAAACAUCUAUAGCCGCAAAAACUAAGAGCACUGUUUUAACCGACCGAUCAAAGUUUAAAGAAAAAAGUAAACAAUUUCAACAGAAACAUAGCUUGGCUCAUAGUCUUUCAUCUUCCGAAGAAAAUGGGUCUAAACGUUUAAAUCAAAAAGAUUCAGAGAAAAUACUUUCGAAAAUCAGUAAUGAGAUUCCAGAAAAACUGAAAUCCGUAGAGAAAAAAACAAUGGCUAAAAUCUCCACUCUAGACUUACACCAGCCUAUCAAAUUAACCACUACUGAGGCCAAUCGGCCCUCGCCUACCGAAGAGAAUCCCCAAUUUUCAUUGGACAAGGAAGCGCUGCCAUUGGUUGAAGUUCAAAAACCCAACGGGAAAAAACAAAGCCUGACCCAGAUUCACCUGUUCCUGCCACGGAUAUGGGGCGGGGUGGUUGAUGCACCGGUGUCUCGGGAAGCGUCGGAUGUCGGCAGACACGAACCAGCUAAACCCAACCCUGCCAACCCACAAAACAACCCGCCGGCUGUUGACAAACCCAAACACAGCGUGCACCAAUCUGCACUUCACACCGGAAGCACUACACAGCUUCACCUUGUCUCCGAGAAGAAGCAGCUGGCUGACGCCAGACGACAUCCGGGUCCCAGUGACCUUGACCUGCAUUCCAAGGACGCUGGGGGUAAAAAUAGAAGGCCGAACGUCAACGGCUCACCAAGAAACGGUUUGAAACUUGCCAAGAAAGGCGCCAAGUUGAGUUUCAGGUCAACACUCAAUGAACAGCCUUUAGCGGGGGAAAAACUGAAGAACCAACUGGACGAUGUUCCAACCCUGAUCUCUAUGGAUUAUUCUAACAAUUUGUGAUUUCUGUAAAGGAAUUCCACCCCCUUUCCCAUCGAUCAAUUGAAAAGAAGAUGACGCCAAAAUAACCUCUUGACUGGAGAAUACAUUGAAGUUAUCAUUGGUGUCUCCAACUGUUCUAAAAUAACUCUCAAACCGGAAGCAAACAAUACAUGAUUAUAACUAGUGUUUGAAUGUUACGAGAAGUAUUACAAACUUUUGCUUAAAUGGUAAAUUUGAAAAAAAUUAAUUAUUUAUCAUUAUGUAU